AGACAUUAGACAAUUUUUGCUUCAAAGUGUUCUUUGCUUCGGGACGUGCCAAUAUCAAUUGAUGCUUCACAUUAAGGCUAUAAUUUGAAACAGGAUUUUAUGCUCUUUAAAUUGAAAACUACCAUUUUUUUAUUCAAAGAUAUGAAAAACACUCUAGUAUACAAUAUAUAUUGUGCACAAUUUCAUUGAGGAAACAACAAUUAUUAUAGAAUAGGAAUGGCAAGCCUCUUGAAAUUUUGAGAAUAUGCAUUCAAAAGUAUUACCAUAUGUUUGUAUCCAGACUUGCACACACAUACAUCACAUAUCGCAACCAACUUCAUUGCAAACCUUCCCCGGCAUAUAUAUAGUUCUGUCACAAACAUUCGUGAAAAAGAACGCCACAUUUCAUUUGUUUGAUAUUUGUUUUCUUCAACAUUUCUGUGGAUAUCUACAUAAAAAAAACCACUCGAAUAAUAUAUUUUGAAUUGUGCACAGUGAAUGUUUGCAUUCCUAAAAAAACUGUGAAAGGAAUAUAUCAAUUUUGACAACACCACAAUGUAUUUGUACAAUUUAACGUUACAACAUUCAACUGCGAUAACACAUGCGGUUCAUGGCAGCUUUUCUGGAACAAAGUCUCAGGAAAUUUUGGUAUCACGCGGUAAAAGUAUCGAAUUGUUGCGGCCCGAUCCGAACACAGGAAAAAUUCACACCUUGCUGACAGUUGAAAUGUUCGGUGUAAUACGUUCCUUAAUGACAUUUCGUUUGAUUGGUGGAUCAAAAGACUUUGCCGUAGUUGGUUCGGAUUCUGGACGAAUUGUUAUAUUGGAAUACAUACCGUCAAAAAAUAUAUUAGAGAAGGUGCAUCAAGAAACAUUUGGAAAAUCGGGAUGUCGCCGAAUUGUUCCAGGUCAAUAUUUGGCUAUUGAUCCAAAGGGUCGUGCCGUUAUGAUUGGAGCAGUCGAAAAGCAGAAGCUUGUUUACAUUUUGAACCGUGACUCCGAGGCGCGUUUGACAAUUUCAUCACCACUGGAAGCACAUAAGUCAAAUACAUUAACGUAUCAUAUGGUUGGUGUUGAUGUUGGAUUUGAAAAUCCAAUGUUUGCAUGUCUGGAAAUUGAUUACGAAAAAUCAGAUUCUGAUCCAACGGGUGAAGCCGCUCAACAAACCCAACAAACCCUUACAUUUUAUGAACUAGAUUUAUCAUCAAAUCACGUGGUUAGAAAGUAUUCAGAGCCAUUAGAAGAGCAUGCAAACUUUCUUAUUUCUGUACCCGGUGGUAAAGAUGGGCCAUCAGGUGUUUUGAUUUGCUCUGAAAAUUAUUUAACUUACAAAAACUUGGGCGACCAACAUGAUAUACGUUGCCCGAUUCCUCGAAGGCGGAACGAUUUAGAUGACCCUGAGCGUGGCAUGAUUUUCAUAUGUUCUGCUACUCAUCGCACCAAAUCGAUGUAUUUUUUCCUUGUCCAAUCAGAACAGGGUGACAUUUUCAAAGUUACUUUAGAAACAGAAGAUGAUGUCGUAUCUGAAAUCAAGCUCAAAUACUUUGACACAGUCCCACCAGCAACAGCCAUGUGUGUUCUAAAAACUGGAUUUCUAUUCGUCGCCUGUGAUUUUGGAAAUCAUUAUUUGUACCAAAUCGCACAUUUGGGCGAUGAAGAUGAUGAGCCUGAAUUCAGUUCCGCGAUGCCCUUAGAAGAAGGCGACACAUUUUUCUUUGCACCAAGACUUUUGAAAAAUCUAGUAAUGGUCGAUGAGCUACAUUCCUAUGCCCCUAUCUUAGGAUGCCAAGUCGCUGAUCUAGCCAAUGAAGAUACGCCUCAAUUGUAUUUAUUGUGCGGGCGAGGUCCGCGUUCCUCACUCCGAGUUUUACGUCACGGAUUAGAGGUAUCUGAAAUGGCUGUGUCUGAGCUCCCUGGUAAUCCAAAUGCAGUAUGGACCGUGAAAAAACGAACUGAUGAUGAAUAUGAUGCAUACAUUAUUGUGUCGUUCGUAAAUGCCACCCUGGUUCUUAGUAUUGGCGACACUGUUGAGGAAGUAACUGAUAGUGGAUUUUUGGGUACAACACCUACAUUGUGCUGCUCAUCGCUUGGUGAAGAUGCUCUCGUACAAGUAUAUCCCGAAGGUAUUCGACAUAUUAGGGCUGAUAAGCGUGUCAACGAAUGGAAAGCACCAGGCAAGAAAACUAUAUCGAAAUGUGCCGUUAAUCAACGCCAAGUUGUGAUUGCUUUAUCUGGAGGAGAGCUGGUUUAUUUCGAAAUGGAUCCUACCGGUCAAUUGAAUGAAUACACUGAAAGGAAACGUAUGCCAUCAGAGGUUUUGUGUAUGGCUCUCGGUACAGUGCCACCAGGGGAACAACGUUCCUGGUUCUUGGCUGUUGGAUUGGCUGACAAUACUGUCCGUAUAAUAUCACUCGAUCCAUCUGAAUGCUUAUCACCCAGAUCUAUGCAAGCCUUACCAUCAUCACCGGAAUCUUUGUGUAUUGUUGAAAUGGGUGUCGCAGAUUCCAUUGAAACUGAAAGUGGUAGCACUCAGUCAAGUGGUUCAUUACAUUUGAAUAUAGGUUUGAGUAAUGGUGUGCUACUACGUACAUCACUAGAUCCUGUAACAGGUGAUUUAGCUGACACAAGAACACGUUAUUUGGGAUCCCGGCCAGUUAAAUUAUUUCGAAUAAAAAUAAAAGGUUUCGAAUCUGUUUUGGCAAUGUCUAGUCGCACCUGGUUGAGUUAUUAUUUCCAAAACCGAUUCCAUUUGACACCUUUAUCAUAUGAAUCACUUGAAUUUGCUUCUGGAUUCUCCAGCGAACAAUGUUCGGAAGGAAUUGUAGCAAUAUCAACAAACACUUUGAGAAUCUUGGCUUUGGAAAAGCUCGGUGCUGUUUUCAAUCAAAUCACUUUCCCACUGGAAUAUACACCUCGCCGUUUUGCAAUUCAUAGUGAUACAUGUCGCUUGAUUAUCGCUGAAACCGAUCAUAACGCUUACACAGAAGACACCAAAGCAGUCAGAAAAAUGCAAAUGGCAGACGAGAUGCGAGAGGCGGCAGGAGAAGAUGAACAGGAAUUGGCUAAUGAAAUGGCUGAAGCCUUUAUUAACGAGGUAUUGCCUGAAAACAUAUUUUCGUCACCAAAGGCCGGUGCUGGUAUGUGGGCAUCGGUGAUUCGUAUAAUUGAACCAGCCCAUGGGCAUACUAUACAUAAAGUAAAACUGACGCAAAACGAAGCAAUUAUCUCCAUGUGUACUGUGAAGUUUCACUCAACUAUGGACGGAAGAACUUACUUGGCGGUUGGAAUUUCGAAAGAACUACAAUUAAAUCCGCGAGUUAGCAAUGGUGGCUGCAUUGAUAUUUAUCGCAUUGAUGUAACUUGUUCAAAUCUAGAAUUCAUUCAUCGCACGGAAAUGGAUGAAGUACCAGGUGCACUAUGCUCAUUCCAAGGCAGACUUGUAGCUGGUAUUGGAAAAAUUUUGCGUAUUUAUGAUUUGGGCAAGAAGAAACUUCUACGCAAGUGCGAAAAUAAACAUAUUCCAAAUCAAAUUGUGAACAUACAAUCAAUGGGACAACGUAUUUAUGUGGCCGAUGUUCAAGAAUCUGCAUAUUUUGUGCGAUAUAAACGGGCUGAAAACCAAAUAAUUAUAUUUGCCGAUGACACCCAUCCACGGUGGAUCACAUCCAUGACAUUGCUUGAUUACGAUACAAUCGCAACCGGCGACAAGUUUGGCAAUGUUUCAAUUUUACGCCUCCCUCAUUCAGUCACCGAUGAUGUAGAUGAAGAUCCAACCGGUACAAAAUCGUUAUGGGAUCGUGGAUUGCUAAGUGGUGCUUCACAAAAAGCUGAAAAUAUCGGAACUAUUCAUAUCGGUGAAAUUGUUAUGUCAAUGCAAAAAGCUACCUUAAUACCCGGUGGCUCUGAAUCACUUAUAUAUGCAACAAUCAAUGGAUCUGUCGGUGCUUUAGUACCAUUCACAAGCCGCGAAGACUAUGACUUUUUCCAACACUUGGAAAUGCAUAUGCGAAACGAAAAUCCGCCUCUUUGUGGGCGAGAUCACUUAAGUUUCAGAAGCUACUAUUACCCAGUCAAGAAUAUUAUGGACGGUGAUUUAUGCGAACAAUUUACAUCUCUUGAUACAGCAAAGCAGAAGAAUAUCGCGAGUGAUCUAGGGCGAACUCCAAACGAGGUGGCUAAAAAAUUAGAGGACAUUCGGACUAGAUACGCAUUUUAAUGAAUUAAUUAAUAAUUUCAUUAAUUUCCGUUGUUAUACUUCUAUAUUCUAAGAUUCUGAUUGGUUUAAUAAAAGAAUGUAAUGAAUUAAAUUUAUUUUUAAGAACUUACAGCAGUGCACCGUUCUGCAGAAUGCUCUUAUCAAAAUAAAUUGAGAUUUGAUUUGACGGUAA